CUCUCGAGAUUCAGCACGGUAUUCUGUACACACAGGGAGUACAUGCAGCAUUGUGAAAAAUUCGUUGUUGCACGUUAUUCAAGGGCUUAGAUACGCAAUAUAACGGACAGUAAUCCAUAACCCGACUGCACAUCUGCAUCAGGGCACUAUCGGGACGCUGCAAACGACCACCGAGAAUUCAUGUGAAUAACCAUAUAAUAGCUGAAUACUCUUCGUUUAGUGCAAGCUCUACAUCUUUCUGCAGAGAUUUACAUUACAGCAAGAAGGUCACCCUGAAGCAAUACGUGCAGGUGUAGAAAAACCAGGAGCUGAAUUUCAUCAUGACUCUCAUCCUGAUGUGCCACACCUACUUGAACUGAAGGGGUUUCUUUGGCAGCAAGCAGGCAGAGAUAAAGCUCACACAGGUAGACCAACAGCACCCUCCCAGAGAUUUUAGAUUUGGAGAUUACGAGACAACAGCAGGACAGGACACAUUGGCUUGUGGAAAACCGAGUUCCACACCUCACCAAUUCGGUUAAGAGCUGUGUUCAGGGAAAUUGGCAAGUACUGUGAUCCGCACACACUUGGUGGCUCACACGCUCCCUCUCAACAUUGUUGUGCAGUUGCGCCGUUGGAAGCAAAUGGAAUGGAGUGACAUUUUUGGCUUUAUUUUAAUGCAGGUCAGAUUGCCCUGAUCCUUUUGUGCUUAACUCAUUUUUUUAAAUGAUCUAUUUUGCUGAAUUUUCCUCCAAGAUUUUUAUUUAGUUUUUUUCAUUUUACAGCAGUUUUGUGACACCUUUCCAAGAACAGACAUACGAAUGUGCUCCUCAAUCUUUCUCUUGUGAUGACCUUCCAUUGAAAACGCUGUUGUGGACAAAGGUGCAUGAGCAGUGGUCCAGAUUCCAACAGGAUACGCAAAUAUAUUACACAACAUUAAAGAAAAGAUGUUGGAGAAUGUAAAUGAAAGUCCAAAAUGUCUAUAAGUGCAGUGCACUUUAGGUUUUUGAGGAAACAACACCCUUUUCCUCCAGUGACCGCAGAGGUUCAUCUCGAGUAGACGAAGCACAGACGCAGACAAACAGCAUUACAGAGUCGCACUCAGACAAACCUCGACUCCUACUGGGCCGUUAUGGAACAGACAUGGAUGACAGCCGCGCUGGUCUAGCACUGAGAUGUCAAAACCACAGAGGGGGCUAUUUCUCCAGCUGUCAUCGCAGGGAGAAUAGAGCACUUCACAGGGACGCCUACGAGUACACAGAUUUUUAGAGACAACAGACUGGUUUGUGUUUAAACUGUGACUGUGCUGACAGUUUCAAGGGCAGGAAAGAGAGAACUGGAGGAGAUUCUGUAGCGUAGUAAGAGGAGAGCCACAGCAGGUGACAGACGGAGUGAUCAACACUGAGCUUUCAGACGUGCAAUUUUGAAAGAGUCGUCCGUAUUUUUUUGCUUAAAAACCCUAUAUUGCUCAGUACACUGAAUAGUUUCCAGUGUAGGCUGGACACGGUGGCAGGGGCCGGUUCAUGGCAGUGGGGCAGGCGCAUGCCGUCUGUGCCUCCACAGCGAGAGGGACGCUUGGGCUUCGGCUGGGGAUGGGCAGCAUGGGCACGGACUCAGAAGGCGGGGGAGUUGAGACCCUGGGUACCCGUCGGAGCUGGGGCUACAGCCACAGGCUCGGGGGGCAUGCGAUGCUCCCUGCGUGUCUGUGUGGUGUUGGGCUCCCUGGCUCUUCUCUUCCUCACCUCGCUUUUCUUCUCAUUCUCACUGAGAGGAGCCGGACUGUCUUACCUGGAACCUUCGGGAUGGGAAGAGUCACGCAGGGUAAAGCUAGUGCCCAGCUAUGCCGGUUCCCACCGGGCGGCCCCUGCGGAGACAGCCCAACAGAAGACAUGUGCCUGUGCUCGGUGCGUGGGCGACCCUGGCGUCUCCGAUUGGUUCGAUGAGAACUAUGACCCGGACAUAUCUCCCGUUUGGACACGUGACAACAUUCAGCUGCCUUCGGAUGUGUACUACUGGUGGGUGAUGCUGCAGCCUCAGUUCAAACCCCAUAAUAUUAAGCAAGUUCUGCAGAGGCUGUUCCAGGUUAUUCCAGGACGUUCCCCUUAUGGUUCGUGGGACCCUGCGCGCUGUCUUCGCUGUGCUGUGGUCGGAAACUCGGGCAACCUACGUGGGGCAAGUUAUGGUUCAGUAAUUGAUGACCAUAAUUUCAUCAUGAGGAUUAACCUGGCUCCCACGGUCGGCUAUGAAGAGGAUGCAGGCAGUCGAACGACACACCACUUCAUGUACCCAGAGAGUGCCAAAAACCUGGCGGCCAACGUCAGCUUUGUGCUGGUGCCCUUCAAAACUCUUGACUUAUUGUGGAUCACAAGCGCCCUCUCCACCGGACAGAUCCGCUUUACGUAUGCUCCAGUAAAGCAGUUUCUCCGUGUUGACAAAGAUAAGGUUCAGAUCUUCAACCCAGCUUUCUUUAAAUACAUCCAUGACCGCUGGACACGACACCAUGGCCGCUACCCUUCCACCGGGAUGCUCGUUUUAUUCUUCGCUCUACAUGUGUGUGAUGAGGUGAAUGUAUUUGGUUUCGGAGGAGACAACCGAGGAAAUUGGCACCACUAUUGGGAGCAGAACCGCUAUUCUGGAGAGUUUCGUAAAACCGGUGUCCACGAUGCAGAUUAUGAAGCCCAGAUCAUCGACAAGCUGGCCAAGGCUGGCAAGAUCGCAGUAUUUCCUGGAAAGUGAAUCUGUGCACCAGGUGCAACCGAAUUGACCUAGAGAUCAACAAAACCACCCAUUAUCUACUUGACACACUUUUUGUGCCUGUUAAAAGUGAUCAAGAAGAAAUGUUUCAUGAUCUUAUUACCAUUCUAGGGUGUCCUGAUUGGACGGGUUUCUGGGCAGCACUUCCCCGCAAUGUGGUGGUUUUGAGAGGAGACGCUAUCAGCUGUUCCUUUCAGGCCUACUUCAACCAGGAAAAGGAACUUGUUUAGUAGCGAGGGAUGCCGAAAUCUUCUUACCACUAGAGCAUGUUAGGUCAAUGUGCUGGGAAUGGAAAUAACUCAUAUUUAGGACAUUUUGUUAAAUGAAUUAAAAUGCGUCUGAAUGUGAGUCAGCUUUUGCUCCGCCUGUCUCCGGCUUGUCCUCAUGUUAUGGCCAGGUCGAUGGGCUAAAGCAACAAUGCCGCAGUGUAUCGUAAGACUGUAGGGCCCGGUUUCAAAGACAAGGCUUAAGACAGGUCUCAGACUAAACUGAAAAUAACAUACCCUGACAUACACUCACCUAAAGGAUUAUUAGGAACACCUGUUCAAUUUCUCAUUAAUGCAAUUAUGGUGGUGGUGUAAUGGUGUGGGGGAUGUUUUCUUGGCACACUUCAGGCCCCUUAGUGCAAAUUGGGCAUCGUUUAAAUGCCACGGCCUACCUGAGCAUUGUUUCUGACCAUGUCCAUCCCUUUAUGACCACCAUGUACCCAUCCUCUGAUGGCUACUUCCAGCAGGAUAAUGAACCAUAUCACAAAGCUCGACUCAUUUCAAAUUGGUUUCUUGAACAUGACAAUGAGUUCACUGUACUAAAAUGGCCCCCACAGUCACCAGAUCUCAACCCAAUAGAGCAUCUUUGGGAUCUGUUGGAACGGGAGCUUCAUGCAUCCCACAAAUCUCCAUCAACUGCAAGAUGCUAUCCUAUCAAUAUGGGCCAACAUUUCUAAAGAAUGCUUUCAGCACCUUGUUGAAUCAAUGCCACGUAGAAUUAAGGCAGUUCUGAAGGCGAAAGAGGGUCAAACACAGUAUUAGUAUGGUGUUCCUAAUAAUCCUUUAGGUGAGUGUAUCUUAUAGUAUGUCAGCGCAUUGUUUUGUCUCGAAACACAUAAGUUAUGUUUUUUUGGUAUAAAAGAGACUUAAAUUUUCAAAUUUAGCUAAGGCCUGGCCUAGGCUAAACCUCGUCUGUGAAACCAGACCUAGACAUACCACGUGAUUCAUUAAGUUUGGACUUAUUGGGUUGUUUCACUAUGAUGUAUAAGUAUAGGCUACAGCAGUAAAAUUCUGUUCAAGGCGCAUGUGUUGUGUAACGUUUACGCAUUCCUACUGUUAAACCGAGCCUUUUGCUUUAGUAUUCUUUUAAGGUAUGCUAGUGUUUAUAAAGCAUUCGACAGCUUGCCAUGACCCCGCAUCACUGUGCUCACAGCAAUGUGUAUUUGUUUAUUUACUUUUUGUGAAUUAGUUGCAUACCGAUUGGCUUAUUAAAGAGGAGCAAAGUUUGCUAAAGGAGAAAUUUAAGUGCAUUGAAACUACUGAUGCUGUCUAAUGUGAAUAUAUGUGGCAUACCCUUAAAAACAUUCAAAACAACAUUAAUAAAGCUGUGGUACUGUAAGUGUUCCAAAGAUGCAACGUCCACGCUUUAGACAAACUUAACUAUGUAAUGUGCUGCAACCAUGGGUCUAGUGAUGGGAAUGAAAUGGGGUUCAUAUGCCAAAGGCAUUGAAUGUGGAAGUGAAACAUAAGCUGCCAGAUGUUGUGAUCACGUUAACUAUGUUUGAACAAAUUCAUGGAUACACUUUUCCUGUUGUAUUUGAACUCUAGUCUUACUGCUUUUUAGGCAUCAAGGAAAUUCCCAUUUCUACUCCAAGGUUUUGGAUUCUCUUGUAUAAUUUAUUACCUAUAAAAAUGUUGCAGACAAUACGAAGAGCAAGCAGAAACCAUGACUUCUAUGCUUCGGCCUAGUCUUAGUUUUCACAUUCAGGUCCAGGUUUUUUCCCAAAUGUAGACAUAUCAGCUAUUUCAGUGUGUAAAUUCAAACACACACACGCUUGGGUGCCUUGUCCAUGCUUUUGGACGCAGUCUCUCUCCGGAGCAUAGUUAACCUCAUAACUUACAUUAAAGCUGGUGUUUCGUUUUUCAUUUUACAGAGCAUUUAUCGACACAAAUCUGAGCUCUAAAAUAGGUCCACCCACCAGAUGUUCUCCUCCCACACAUGCUCUGGGAACAUUCACAGCAUCUUCUGCACGCCACCAUCUUACCCCGUCCUCCGUUUUACUUUGUGCCGAGUGCUGUGCCUUCACAUUCAGGGAGGGAAAAGCUCUCUCACCUGAAAAGAAACAUCUCCCUUCUAUUUUAAAGCUACUUACCUGCAUUUGGUGUUGCUACUGAAGUCUCCUGGAGGAUUAGUAAAUCGUUUUAGGACGUUAGUAAAACCUGUGCCACAUGAUCGCACAGGUGGCGGAUAGUAUUCCAGUUUUUUAUACAUUGCCAAUAACAUGUAAUUGUCUUUUGUGGAUAAACACUAGAUAAAGCACCUGCAGUGGCUUUAUUAUAUCUGUGAGGGGUUACUAUUGGGGGUUUUCUCAAAUUUAUAGAAUAGCUGCACUCAUACCACUAGAUUAUUCCUUUGGGAAAAUUGAGACGUGCAGUUUGUCACCAAAGAGUUUUAUCCCAUUCAUAGUGUUUUUGUUGUAGGUAUUUAUGUAUUUCUCUUAAAAUCUGCAUAAAGGAAAUAAAUUGGAUACUGAUGUUCUUUAGACCGUUAUGUAUGAAAAGGCUCUCAAUGAAUGUCUCUUAGCAGUGUUAGUCAUAGAUAAUGCUAGUUGGGUGGGAGGUUUCUGGAUUCUGUGCCACUUGCUGUUCUGAAACCGAUAUUUCGACAGACUGCCCUUUUCUCUCCAGUGUUCUCACCAUCAAGUUAUCUGUCUUCAUGAAUCAUAGAGAAACGAUUUUUGUCAGACUGUAGGCUUAAUGCUUGCAGGGUUAGAGGAAUGUAGUGUGAGGUUGUGGCAUUGAAUGAGAAGAACACUACCAUGCCAGAAACACCUAAAUGUGUCACUGUUUUCUGUUGCUCUUUAUUUUCUGUCAUAGAACAUAGAAAUUGUUUUGACUAAGAGAAACAAUUAAGGAUUUUGAAAUUUAACAACGCUAAAAAUUGAGGAAGAAAUGACAGAACCUCCAAUAAAAUGGCAGUGAAGGGUACAAAGUAAGUACAUAGGAUAUUUUCAGUAUAGUAGAACUGAUUCCUCUAUCAACUUUAUUGAUCUUGAAUCGUGUUCUUUGUGUGACAGAACCUUUAGUCUAAUGCAGACUGUACAUAUCCUCACUGUGCCACUGUGUUUGUGCUCAUUAACUUCUCAUUAGUGUUGGUUGUGACUUGAGUCAGUGCUCUUUCUUUUCACCUCAGUCUCUGUGUAACUAUCGACUGUUUUUAAUCUUUAUGCUACUGUCAAAAAAUAAAUUGUUAAAAGGUUUGUCCCUUUGUGUGAUGUCUCGACUACUGUAUACAAGUGAAUAACUUUUGCUUAUGAUAAAUAAAGCCAUUAUAUUUUA